AUUCAUUUAACCAUUAAGUUUCCUUGUUAAACCAUCACACAAGAACAAACAACAAAACUGAGACAUGGCAGAAGAAAAGAAACAAGAAACAACAGACACAAAAAUGAAGAGAAUUCUUCUCAUAAUCAACUGUUUAUUAUUAGCCUUAGGAAACUCCGGUGGUCCCCUCAUAAUGCGUCUCUACUUCAUCCAUGGCGGCCACCGCGUCUGGCUCUCCUGUUUCCUCGAAACCGCCGGUUUCCCUAUAAUGAUCCUCCCCCUCACAAUCUCAUACAUCAACCGCCGCCGUCUCCACCUAAGUCAACCACCAUCAACCACCGCCGAACCCGCCGCAAAGCUAAAAAUAAUCUCCAUGAAACCUCCUCUAUUCUUCGCCGUAGCUUUCAUCGGAAUCCUCACCGGCCUCGACGACUAUCUCUACGCGUACGGCGUUGCUCGUCUUCCGAUUUCCACUUCUGCUUUGAUAAUCGCUUCUCAGCUUGGUUUCACGGCGGUUUUCGCCUUUCUGCUUGUGAAACAGAAAUUCACUGCUUUCUCUAUAAACGCCGUCGUUUUGCUUACGGUUGGAGCUGGCGUUUUGGCUAUGCAUACUUCUGGAGAUCGACCCGCCGGUGUUUCUACGAAGCAAUAUGUUAUUGGUUUUCUCACUACUCUUGGUGCUUCUGCAUUAUAUGGAUUUGUUUUGCCUUCAGUCGAAUUGAUUUAUAAAAAAACCAAACAAAACCUUACUUAUUCUCUUGUUAUGGAAAUUCAGUUUGUUAUGUGUUUGUUUGCUACUCUCUUCUGCAUCGUCGGCAUGAUAGCAAAUAACGACUUUAAGGUGAUUCCGAGGGAGGCAAGGAAUUUCGGAUUAGGGGAAAGAACAUACUAUGUGGUGUUGGUGAUGAGUGCAAUGUUAUGGCAAGCGUUUUUCUUGGGAGCAAUUGGAGUUAUAUUUUGUGGUUCAUCUUUGUUAUCGGGUAUUUUAAUUGCUGUUUUUUUGCCGGUAACUGAAGUGUUGGCGGUAAUUUUCUAUAAAGAGAGAUUUCAAGCUGAGAAAGGGGUUUCUCUUGUGCUUUCUCUUUGGGGGUUUGUGUCUUAUUUCUAUGGUGAGAUUAAAAAAGAGAAGGAGAAGAAGAAGAAACGUGCUAUGGAGACAGAGAUGGGUCAUCCUCUUGAAGUACUACCUGCUCCGUGAUUGUUGUAGAGUUAUUGAAAUGUGUGUUUUGUGUGUGAAUUAUUAAUUAAGCGAAAUGCUUUAAUUAAAUGUCUGAUUAGAGGAUAAAGGGUUGGGGCGUGCAAGUGUGAACUAAAAUUUGGGUAAUUUAUAACUAUUUUUAGGAAAAUACUACUACUAAAGAGUGCUAUGAGAGACUGUUAAAUACUGUUACUAGUUUACAAUAAUACUCCUUCCAAGAGAUUGGGAUCUACCUGGGGUCACGGCUCUAUUAAUAGUUUAACAUAAUGUACAUGUAAUGUAAAUAUGUAAUGUCUUAAUGUAAAUUCUCUGUUUAAUUGUA